UCUGCUCGCUCACUCGGCGAGUGGCUGCCUUUGCUCUCACCUUCUCUUACCGUCUAAGUAAAGUGCACGAAAUAGCACAUGAUCUACGUCUGAUUUCGCGUUUCUUUAUAUACUGGAUGCUGUACCAGGACUAUUCGCAUUUUGUGUGCAGGAUUUACAAUCAGAUCUGCUUUAAUCAAAGUAGAAGCAAACAGCUGCUGGUUCUUUUUCUCUGAAGGAGUUUUCCUUUUCUCAUCACUGACACUUUUCAAGAUAUCACUGACUGAGCAUUUAGUUCCUUUAGUUCCUCAAGCAAAGAACGGGGAGUCUUCACAUAUUUGGGAGUCUGCGCGGGACAACUUUAAACCUAUAAUCCUGAAUUUGAAAUCGUGCCUGUAAGGGACAUCUGUCAAAUAUUUUGUUUUGUAAUUUUCUUCGCAAUCCGAACGGUUGGCUGACAUUUUUUAACAAGACCGGCAUUGAUUUUUGUGAAUGAAAUGAAAUAAAUAUCAAGCGCGGAGUAUUGUGAUGCAAUGGAUACUAUUAACAUGCUCUGAUAUUUCCCCCCAGCGUUAACAGGGCCAGGUCUGGACAUUUUGCUUUUGUUUUUGCAUGGAAGUCUGAGCAAAUGUACGCAUUUGUGGGAGCUUCAGCAAGUGCGCGAUUGUUGCUGUGAAAGCAUUAACUCAGCGUGAUCGAGCUGGAUUCGCUGCUGGAAGCUCGAUAUCGACUUCCUUUACAUUAUAAACUUCAUGAACCGAGGGGGACUUGAUAAACUACCAUUAGAUUGCAUUCAGCUUCCGCCGCUGACACUGUGACUCUUAGUAAAGGACCGUGACCAGAAAUCGCACUAUAUAGAUUGCACUGACAGCAAACGAGGUGGUGCGCAAGUGGAAUACACACAUUUCUAUUGGCGUUUUGAUCGACAGCUGUGCUACCCCAAACUCAUCUAAAUGGUUUCUGCCUCUUAAUCAAAGUUGGUUUUGAGCGCUGUACGAAAAGAAAAGGCAGUUUCAGAACAGGAUCGCAUCGAAGAGCUGAAGUGAUGUUGCAUGUGGAGAUGUUUGUGUUCUUCUUUCUGAUGCUGUGGAUGUGUGUAUUUAGCCAGGAUCCCAGCUCUAAGGUGGUGGCUGAUCGUUAUGCGGUAUACUGGAACAGCACCAAUCCCAGAUUUCAGAGAGGAGAUUAUCACAUUGAUGUGUGCAUAAAUGACUACUUGGAUGUGUUUUGCCCCCACUAUGAAGAUUCUGUGCCAGAAGAUAAAACUGAGCGAUAUGUUCUUUACAUGGUGAACUACGAUGGCUACAGCACAUGUGACCACACCUCAAAAGGCUUCAAGAGAUGGGAGUGCAAUCGGCCCCAUUCUCCAAAUGGACCACUGAAGUUCUCUGAGAAGUUUCAGCUUUUUACUCCCUUCUCCUUAGGAUUUGAGUUUCGGCCAGGCAGAGAAUAUUAUUAUAUCUCAUCCACUGUUGCAGAAAAUGGAAGAAGAACCUGUCUGAAACUAAAAGUUUUUGUACGACCAACAAACAGCUGUAUGAAAACUAUAGGUGUUCAUGAUCGUGUUUUCGAUGUUAACGACAAAGUAGAAAAUUCAUUAGAACCAGCAGAUGAUACUGUACACGAGUCUGCAGAGCCAUCCCGCAGUGACAACGACGCAGAACGGCCAACGAUAACAAGUCUACUUUUGCCAAUUGUACUUUUUUUCUUAGUCUCACUUUUGGCUUUAUAGCAUUUUGUGCCCAAGGAAUUAAAAAAAAAAAACA